AUGUCUUAAGAAUUCAAUCCUAUAUUAUUGGUUCAUACUAUAAUAUUGACUCUUCUGCUUAUUUUCGUUUCUAUAAAUGAUAAUCAAAAUAUAAAAAUAAAAAAAGAACCAAUUCAAAAAACAAACAUAUCACAAUUAUCUGAAUUGAAUGAAUAUAUGUCCAUGAUGAUUAAUAGAUUAGAAUAAUAAUAUAAUUUAAUAGCAUAAAGUUAAGAACAAUUAGCAUAUUAAUUAGAACUUUUAGAAUAAUGA